AUGAAGCUGUGGGUAGAGACUCGCCUGAUGAUCAUGGAAAUCCCUCUCGGCCCAAGGACCAUGAAUAACCAGACUCUAGUAACAGAGUUUAUCUUGCAGGGCUUUUCAGAGCACCCAGAAUACCGUGUGCUCUUAUUCAGCUGUUUCCUCUCCCUCUACUCUGUGGCUCUCACAGGUAAUCUCCUCAUCAUUUUGGCCAUCAGCUUCAACUCUGGGCUCCAUACCCCCAUGUACUUCUUUCUGUUCAACUUGGCUACCAUGGAUAUUAUCUGCACCUCUUCCAUCAUGCCCAAAGCACUGGAGGGUCUGAUGUCAGGGGAGAGCUCCAUCUCUUAUGGGGGCUGCAUGGCCCAGCUCUAUUUCCUCACAUGGGCUGCAUCCUCUGAGCUGCUCCUCCUCACAGUCAUGGCCUAUGACCGGUAUGCGGCCAUCUGCCACCCUCUGCAUUACAGCACCAUGAUGAGCAAGGCUUUCUGCAGCAAGCUGGCCACAGGUGUGUGGGUGCUCUGUGCCUUCAACACAGCCAUCCAUACUGGACUGAUGCUGCGGUUGAACUUCUGUGGCCCCAAUAUCGUUACCCAUUUUUUCUGUGAGGUCCCUCCUCUGUUGCUUCUCUCCUGUAGCUCCACCUAUGUGAACAGCAUCAUGAUUGUCCUGGCUGAUGCCUUUUAUGGCAUAUUGAACUUCCUCAUGACCAUCGUGUCAUAUGGUUUUAUCAUCUCUAGCAUUCUAAAGAUGCGGACUGUAGAAGGAAAGAAAAAAGCCUUUUCUACCUGCUCUUCCCACCUCCUUGUGGUGUGUAUGUAUUAUACCUCUGUUUUCUAUGCCUACAUAAGCCCUGUCUCUAGCUACAGUGCAGAGAAGAGCAAGGUGGCUGGUGUACUGUACACCAUGUUGAGCCCUACUCUCAACCCCCUCAUCUAUACUCUGAGAAACAAGGAGGUCAAAGCAGCCCUCAGGAAGCUUUUCUCCUUCACCAGAAAUUAAUUUCUGUCUUCUGGAGC